AUAGCUAAAGGCCGGUUGGGGGGAGGAAUUGCCAGUGCAGUUCCCAAGCGGAUUUUUUUCGAACUAAGAAAAGUCUACCAAGAUGGCGGUAUUGCCAUCUCCGACUUUAGUCGCUGGACAGAAUUAUGCAAUCUUCGAGGCUUGGUAUCGGCAUGUGGAUCCCAAAAACCUUGGAAGUAUUGGUGCACUUGAUGCUGCUAAUUUUCUAAAGAAAUCUGGAUUACAUACUUCUGUGCUAGGAAAGAUUUGGGAUCUGUCUGAUCCUCAAGGCAAAGGAUAUCUUGAUCAAAGUGGAUUUUUUACUGCAUUGAAACUAGUAGCCCUGGCACAGAAUGGAAUUGAAAUUAGUAUGAGCAACAUAUCAAGAGAAACCACGCCACCAGAAAUGGGUGAACAGCCACCAGCUGUUAUACAAAAUGCAGUGACUACUACUUCACAGGGAUCCUUUUCAUCUUUGACUUCCCCAACAGGAAAUCAGCCCAAAACUUUUAAUUGGGUUGUCACUGCCACAGAUAGAGCAAAAUAUGAUGCACUUUUUGAUUCCUUAAGUCCUGUUGGUGGCAAAUUACCUGGAAACAAGGUGAAAGAAGUGUUGGUUAACUCGACCUUACCACUCGAAAGCCUAGGGAAAAUUUGGGACCUAUCUGACAUGGACCAUGACGGAGCGCUAGACCGGAAUGAGUUCAUUGUGGCAAUGCAUUUGGUUUACAAAGUCUUGGAUAAUUACCCAUUGCCGGUAAGUUUACCAUCUGAAUUACUCUCAACCGUGCAAGAGUCUACUCUUCGACGUGGGUCGUCUCUUGCGGGGUCGGUAAGCGUCCUGCCUCCAGCAGUUUCAUCUCCGGAAAACGUUAAAGAUAUUGCGUCUAAUGGCCAUGCAGUAACCUGGGUUGUCAGUGAAGCAGAAAAAACCAAAUAUGGAGCUUUAUUUCUGCAAGCAGAUAUGGAUCGCGACGGUUACGUAUCCGGCUUGGAAAUCAAAGACGUUUUCUUGCAAUCACGUCUACCGCAACCGAUUUUAGCUCAUAUAUGGGGGUUGUGUGAUGUUGGGCAGACAGGUAAAUUGAAUAGCGAGCAAUUUGCCCUUUCAAUGUGGCUUAUCCAGCAAAAGGUUCAAGGAAGAGAAUUACCAACUGUGCUAACUCCUGAAAUGAUGCCGCCUUCUCUCCGUGCGAAAGACACCAAUGUUGAGGAGCUGACUCAUUCUGCCGAACUUGAGCAAAUCGCCAAAGAAAUUGAGAGUCUUAUUCGGGAGAAGCGUCAACUGGAAACAGAUGUGGCACAAAAGGAGGCAGACAUCCGAAUCAAGAAUGGUGAAGUUCGUAAUCUCCAGAGCGAACUCGACACUUUGUCGGCUACUUUGAAGCAGUUGGAAGUUCAAAAGAAGGAAGCACAAAAAAGACUGGACGACUUAGAUGCACAGGUUCGUACAUUCCGGACCCAAGCAGAGGAGCAAGAGAACACGCUUCGAACACAGGAGGCAGAAGUUGCGGCUAAGAAACAGGAACUUAAUAAUUUACGCAGUGAAGAACUGCGCAUGGAGCAACAGAUGCAAGCGGCCAGCCUCCAACUCGACAAGCUCCAGAAUACACUGCAAGAUACUCACUUGCAAAUUAGUCAAAUUAAAGCUCGCAUGACGGUGUUGCAGGAACAUCAACAUCAGAUUGACGAGGCCUUGGUGGCCUAUGACGAAGCCUUAGAAACGGGAGAUCCCUCUCGAUUGGGCGAUAACGUUCUUCGCCCUAUUGCCUCAGUAGCUUCCGAUUCCGAUAUCUUACUCUCGCCAAACUCUGACCGCAACAAAGUGAACGGGGGAACGUCGCAUUUUAACGAUGGAGCGUUCGGUAGUGAUCCAUUUUCUAGUCUGAAUGGUCAGAAUCGUGGGUUUUCUGACUCAUCUAAUGGGGACCCUUUCAAGGAAUCGGACUUUUUCAAAAAGGCGGCGCAGCCAACUUCGUCUGUUGAUCCUUUUGGCGCCAAAGACCCAUUCGCCUCAGCCUUUGGAGCUCCUGCAAAACCAACGAAUGAUCCAUUCGCUUCCGCGUUUGGUCAAGCAAAAAGCGAACCAUUUGACGCCUUCGGUCGUAGCAAAUCGCCAAACGUGGGUGCUGAUCCGUUCGGUAGCGACCCAUUUAACGCACCUAAUUCUCCCUUACCUGCCGGUCGAGUGGAAAGCCCGACUCCGGCCUUGCCUCCCAAGAAGUCGAAACAACCACCUCCACGUCCAGCUCCACCGAAAGCUGUUUCUAGUGGUGUGAAAGGUCCCCAGCGCCCGGCUCCUCCCAUCGGCGCCACAAAAUCACCUGAUCCUUUUGCACCAUUGAGCGAUCCGUUUACUUCGGCUGGUGCGUCUAAGGAUCCUUUUGGUGGAUCGGGUUUUGCUGAUUUUGCAAGUUUUGAAUCUAAGAAUGAUUCCAGUCCAUCGGAUCCGUAAAGUCAACUAAACUUUCUUGCCUUCUUCUUUCUUUUUCUGUUUUUUUUACGCAGCCAUGAGUCAACUCUAAGGCAUUUUCCACUGGUCUGAAAUCUGACCUUUCGAGCGUUUAGAAUUAAUAUUUUUACUGUCUUCUAUACAUCUACCUGAUAUUAUUUUAGUUUAGUUUUGUAUUUCGAAAUUUUUCUGUUGUAAUUUAUUUUAAGUUUUUUUUUUCUGUUUUCCCUGCUUCCCUUCCCUGCUUUGGUUUGUGUUUAAUUGCCUUAGUUUUCUGGCUCUUCAACUGGCGAGAGCUUUGAUGCAUGGGGAAGCACCAGCACUAGCAGCACAAAACCCACCAGCGAGUCACAACAGCACCGGUAUGCCGAGCUAGAAUUCACUGAAGAUCCCUUCAAAGAUGUCGGAUUUGGCGAUCCGUUUGCCUCAAACACAGACGAUCCCUUCGCCGUUCCCACCAUCACCAAUAACGGAAUAAAGAUCAAGAAGGAUCCGGACAGUUUUGAUCCGUUUUCCGCAGACAAGGAUCCGUUUGCCUCUUCCACAUCUCCUUCUAAAUCCACGAUAGAAUUCGACAGUCCGUUCGGUAGUUCGGCAUGGAACGGGCGGCCAGAUCCGUUCGCUGCUGCCACAGCUGCUGACAACAAUAACAAGUCUCCCUCUAGUUGGGGCAACGAUUUCAAGUUUUCCUCUCCCACCUCUAGUGGUCCCACUAAAAGUCCAACAUCGAUUGGCUCGAGCUCGUUAAAGAGCCGAUCGUCUUCCUCAUCGUCACCGAUGAAAAGUAGCAAAGUGUCUGCAUCUGAACCAUUGCCCAAGUUGAGCGAAGACGCCCAAAUCGCUUGGGUGGCUGCUGAGAGUGUCCGAUCGGAGCAGGAAAGGCGAAGGAAAGCGGAGAUGCAGGAAAUAGCCGAUCUGGAAAUGGCGAUCGCUCUCAGCAAAUCUGAAAUGAACAGUCGGUCACCACCGUCUUCAGACAGAUUAAUUUGACCCGUUUGAAAGCUGGCCACAUCUCUUUCUUCUUCCUUUCUAUUCCACCACACCCUGUUUUUCCUUCUUUAUAUGUAAUCUACGUGACCUUCACAGUUUUUUCACGCUCCUGUUUACGGUACUUCCCUUGUUUUCAAAGGCUAAAUAUUCAAAUGAGCUUUCCUUUGGCCUCUGAUGUAACAAAAUUCAAAAAUUACCAAAAGAAUCCAGCAAUACUUUGACCGCAAAAGGUAAUGCAUUGACCUAUGUACGAGAGUGAAUGGUUAGCCGAAAAAAUUUAUUUCCUUUGGUGUUCAAUCUCCUUUAUUCCAUCACCCCCUUAUUGGUCAUAUCCCCAAACUAUUUAUAACGGCAACUGGAGGGCAAGACUGCUGUGUACAUUUUACUCGCACUUUUGUAUCCUUGCAUGUUGCCUUUCUUAGACUUACUUCCCACAAUAGUAAUAAGGAAAAAAAAAGUGUCGCUCCAAUCGCUGACGAAUGGGAGAAAGGCGAGAAAGUAGUAGUCGGUGUGCAAAGUGUUGGUAGUUGUGACAACAGGAGUGUGCCAUAGUUCGCCCGUCAGUCCCUCGGAAAAAAAUUUUUCUUCUUUUGUUCUUACAUCUUAUCUCUUAAUAGUACAAUAUGGUCCCAUCCACCAUCACCAAACAGAUCUGUCUGAAGAAUGAAGAAAUAAAAAAGUGUUAUUUCGAUGCCGUAGUUGUUUUGCUCUUGGAACGUUAUUUUUGCCGUAGCCUGAUCUUUUUCUUUAUUUCAACCUCUCCACUGCUACCCAUUUCUCCCCGUUUUCUUUUUUUUUUCUUUUCUGUAAUUUGAUUGUUUCGGUAUGAUGCCCAGUGGCCACACGAGAGUUACUUUUUCCCACAAGUCAAUUUUUUAAAAAUGAAAGUAGCUCUAAGAGAUGUACCAGUAUGUUUGUUAGUUAUCUCUUUUUCUUCUUUUUUUUUUUGUGAAUGUCCUUGCGUGAACACGAUUGUUAAUUUGCCUCAAGAGUCCGUGUUUUCUCUCUCUCCCCCCCCCCAUCCAAAAAAACCAAAAUGUCUCUCUAUCUGUCUCUUUUCUCUCCUCGAUGUAGUAACAUUAUCAACUUUCAUCAUGUACUUGUGUACCUCCUUCUUCGACCGUUUCUCUCACCUACCUGAAGAUGGUUACUCAACACGGACGUCUCCCAUAGCGACGAAGGGCAAAAAGAACAACAGAAAAAAACAUUUAGAUGAAUACAGUCUUGGCCGCAUCCAGUAUCAUUCGGCGGGUAUCAACGAGUUGUAUAAGAGCAAAACCGACACGAUGUGUACAUUCCAAUUUCUUAGCUUUGAACACGCCAUCCUUAUUAUUCUGCCCUUCUUUUUUCCUAUUUCGUGUUAUGCUGCUCAGUAAUACGCCACCUAGUUUUUUUUUCUCUCCUUGUGUUCGUUUAUCAUUUUUCUGUAUCAAAUUUUUGUUCCUCUUUUUUUUUUUCGUUUCGUUAUCGUCGGGGUAGGCCAGUCGUGUCGUUACGCAAAGAUCAUGGUCUCACCCUGUCGUGUGUAUAACUCGUGUGCUAGACUGAUAAAGAUUGGUUCUGUCUAUCCUCUCAAUGUGUAGAACAGUACACGUCACUUUGGUACAUGUCAA